AUGUCGGCAGCACCAAACCCCGGUGGCUUCGGGCCCGAUGUCGAUAUUCCAAUAGACACGGCCCCGAGAAUCGCAGAACUGAAGCUUAUGCUAGAAGAUCCCGCAACCUGCCAGCACCAAAUUCCAAACAUCUUGGCUGUUUUGACAGAGUAUGAAGCAGGCAGAACACCAGAAUUCAUAUACCAAGAUGGCAGACCUAUCUGCAUCCGAGAUUUGGACUUCAAUAAGCCGUCGUGGGUUGAGGGAGGGAAUAUGCUUGCCCACCGUUAG